UUCGGCAUUCUUAACGAGAAUCCUUGGUUACAUCGGCCAGCCAAGCUUUCUUAAUUUGUGUCGUUCGCCCUGACAUAACCUCAUACGGGGAUGUUUCAUACUUAAUAGAAAUCUACUCCUCGAACUCGUUCGAGCUUUAUUAUUUCAUUCCUUUUCUCUCGCUCGUUUUAAAUCCAGCUCUUCUUAUGAAGAGGUAGCUGGUCAUUGCAUUGUUUAUCGGUGCUGCAAUAUCCUCGCUGUCGGCUUAUAACAUAGCUCGCGAUGAAGUCUUCCUCACUCCUUUGCGCUGCCAUUGCGCUGCUCCAGGCCACCGUCGAAGGUAAAGAUGUCGUUGUUGAGUCUUUACCAAAGGUUCCCGUCGGUUGGACUAAGGUCAAGAACGCAAAUCCGGCUCAAGUACUCAAAUUACGGAUUGCUCUCGAACAGCCCAACUUGGGUCACUUCGAGAAAACUCUUUAUGACAUCUCUACCCCGCAGAAUCCUCUGUACGGACAACACAUGUCUCGUGAUGAGGUUAGAGAGAUGAUGAAGCCUCGAGAAGAAUCCACCGCUGCCGUGCUGGAAUGGCUUCAGGCAGCCGGUAUCUCGUCCUCCGAUAUCGAGAAUGACGGCGAAUGGAUAAAUUUCAAAACCACCGUACUAAGGGCGUCGAACUUGUUGAACACCGAUUUUCAAGUGUACAAAAAUGCCGGCUCUAAAGCCCAGCGAGUCCGGACUCUGCACUAUUCCGUACCCGACGAAGUGAGACCACACAUCACCAUGAUCCAGCCCACCACUAGAUUUGGCCAGGUGAAACCCCAGAAAAUCCAGGUUUUCGAUGUCAGCGAGCAGCAAGAGAAAUUUCAGAUCGCUUCUGAAAUUCCCAGCCAGAGUCUUAACGUGACUUUCUGUAAUAGCACCGUGACCCCUGAAUGCUUGCGCGCCCUCUAUAACGUGGGUGACACGACUGCGGAUCCAAAUGUACCAACCAUUUUUGGUGUCAGCGGUUUCUUGGAUGAAUACGCCAAACACGACGCAUUAGAUACAUUCCUUGGGCAAUUCGCUCCGUACGCCGUUUCUCAGAACUUCACCACUGUGUCGGUUAAUGGUGGUUUGAACAACCAGACUGACACGGUCGAUGACGACGUUGAGGCUAAUCUGGAUAUACAAUAUGCGGCGUCGUUGGGUUUCAACACACAUAUUCGAUACUAUUCCAACGGCGGCCGCGGACCGUUGAUUCCUGAUCUUGACCAACCUGACGCGAGUUCUGGGUCCAAUGAGCCAUACCUUGAGUAUUUAACGUACUUACUGAAACUCAAUGAUCAGGAGCUUCCUCAUACCUUAACCACGUCAUAUGGCGAGGAUGAGCAGUCAGUGCCGAAGGAAUAUGUUAAGAAGGUUUGCAAUAUGUUUGGCCAACUUGGCGCUCGGGGCGUCUCAGUGCUCUUUAGCUCUGGAGACACCGGCCCAGGUAGCGCGUGUCAAACCAACGACGGCAAGAACACUACACGUCUUUUGCCCAUUUUCCCCGCGGCCUGCCCCUACGUUACGUCGGUAGGUGGCACGGUAGGUGUAGAGCCUGAGCGAGCCGUUUCGUUCUCGUCUGGUGGCUUUUCGGAUAUUUUCCCGAUUCCCGACUACCAAAAAUCAGCAGUGACUACCUACCUCGGCAGCAUUGGCGACACGUUCAAAGGACUGUACAAUCCCAGUGGACGUGGAUUCCCCGAUGUUGCAGCCCAAGGAGAAAAUUUCAACGUGUACACUCAAGGACAACUCUCCAAAGUAGCCGGAACGUCAGCUUCGGCACCAACCUUCGCUUCCAUCAUUAGCUUGCUCAAUAACGCACGCAUCCAGAGCGGCCAGAAACCUCUAGGUUUCCUAAACCCGUGGCUUUACAGCGACGCCGUAAAUGGCGGCCUCACCGACAUCAAGUUGGGCGGUAGCAAGGGAUGCACUGGCACAGAUAUCUAUAGUGGCUUGCCGGCACCCUACGUCCCAGGGGCGGGAUGGAAUGCUACUGAGGGGUGGGAUCCUGUGACCGGGUUAGGGACUCCGUUGUUCGACAAGUUGCUUGCGAAGGUUGCCCCGAGUGCAAAGCUCCCACGUGUGGCUUGCAAGGACUCAAGUAACUGCAUCGUUGAGCGUUCGUAGUUGAUUGAGUGUCGAGAAAAGGGGUUUGAACGGUUGGCUUUGUUGCUUUGAAUAUCCGCAUGUUGGAUACUUGGGGAUACGGGUCAGGUAUCGCAUAAAAUUAUCCUGUAUUAGGUAUACACUGUGAAAUAUAUUCUAUUCUUCAUCAAUAUAGAACCUGCUAUACGACGAUGCGAUACGUCUCAUUGUAAUAUGAGGUUAUGAGUGUUGUUCUCGUC